AUGUGGCAUAACAUUGCAACCAUAAAGAAGGAUCUCAAGAGGCGUGACCUGGAAAUAGGGGAUGUGUUCGAACUACAGCUCAGAUCCGGUGACAACACCCAGUUCUGGUAUGACAAAUGGACCGAUGGAGACCAAUUGAAGAACAAAUACCCCGACCUGUUCAACCUGGAGACAAGGAAAAGAUGUAAUGUAGCGGAUAGAAUCAUUGACGGCUGUUUUGUAGGUCAUUGGAAUUCUUGCCCUGUUGAAUUUGGACUAUCCGAGGAUUUGGACAACCUAACGAAUGAACUGUCCACGGUAAACUUGGCGAGCGGGUGUGAUUAA